AUCUUCCCAUGGAAAAAUAUCAUUUGUACAAUACAGAACAAUUCAAUAAAUAAUAUUAAUAUUAGUGUUUAAUUGAAACUUCAAUGUUGUUGCCUAAUUUUGAGUUUAGAUUUGCCUCCAGGAGGCCACCCAACAACUUAUUUCUGCCACCCCAUUGCCACCCCGAAUGAAAAUCUCUAGAUCCGCCCCUGGUGUGCACGUGUGCGUGUAUUUCCACAUGCUCACAUCCCUGCGUCAUGCGUGUCCCAUGCAUUGUGCCCACGUGCCUGACAGUGCACUGUCCGUCGGCGUGCUGAGCGUCACGAGGAUCUCACAGACAGAAAGUUCAUCUCUUAGAGACAAUCAACUCGGCCAUGAAACCGCUGGCUGCGUCUAAGAGCAUGGAUCUGGCUUGGCUCCCAUCACCAAAGCCCAGCACCAGAGCCCCCGGUACGACCAGCGUCACCCGUCCGGCCCGCCUCACCGCCCUCCCCGGCGUCCUCUGACAGGGGCAUGCUGUCCAGCAGCUGGCGUCGCCCCCUCACCUCCUCCUCCUCCUCCCCUUCCUCCUCCCCUUCCUCCUCCUCCUCCUCAGCCGUCAUGCCGGCGCUAGCCAGCAGGGGGAGCAGCAGUGUGUGUGGGGUGCCGCGGGGCACCGUGGUGCUGGAGGCCCAGUACGACUACCAGUACCGUGGGGGCGACGGUCGGCAGGUGUGCAUCCGGGAGGGGGAGCGCUUCAUCCUGCUCCGGAAGACCAACGGGGACUGGUGGCAGGUGAAGAGGAUCGGGGCGGCCAGCAAGACCAAGCCGCUGUACGUGCCAGCCACGUAUGUGGUGGAGGUGCCCAUCGCCCCCCUGAGGCCCCCGCAGCACCGUGCCACUACACCCACCCCUGGUCUUGAUGGGGCCUCGCGGGCCUCACUCGCUCCUCACGACCUAUACACAGCGACCAGAACCUUCUGCCGCUCCAUGGAGAACCUCAACUCCCACAAUGCCUGGCGCGGGGCGGAGCCAGGUAGCAGCGAAGGGCAUGGGCCCUCCCUGCCCUUCUCAGGAUCCCCCUUCCCCGCCUCCUCCUUCUCCUCCUCUUACCUACUGGUGCCCAGAGGGGGCCCUGGAGGGGGGCCCGGCGGGGGCCCUGGGUGGGGGGCCUCCAUACCCCGUAGCAGGAGCUCCACCAGCCUGCCCCAGAACCCCUACGAGGAGCAGGAAGGGGGCCAGGGGGGCAUGAUCAUCAGCAGAGCCCCCCAUCUCAGGGCCCCCCAGAAGUACUACAGCCAGUGGGACACGGCAGAGGUGCCUCGCAGGCGAAGCUAUCUGCAGGUACCAGGCCAGGACUACAUUACCCAGAAGUCCUUGCUGGAGUGCAGUCUGUCCAGCGAGCUGGAGAGGAGGCAGGGCUCCCAGCCCCCCGGCCCCCAGCCCCCCAGCCCUCCGCCCGGCCAGCCCCCCCUCCAGACUCUGGGCCUGUGGGAGCAGUACUCAGACUCUGCAUCCGGCCGCUGCUUCUACAUCAACAGCAUCACCCAGGAGAGGUCCUGGAAACCCCCCCGCAGGGCUCGCCAGGACCCCCCUACCCGGGCCGGCCCCUUCCAGACCCAGAACCAGGCCCAGACCCAGACCCUCCCCAGGGCCUCCCACCACCUGUCUCUACCCCUCCCCAGCCCAGGGCCCGGCACCCUGCUCCGGCUGUCUCCAGACUUCCUCCACCCAGGUCAGAGGAACCCAGAGAGUGGUUGGCAGUCCAGACAGAGCAUGCAGCGUGCAGUUUCAUCCGACACUCUUAACACUGUCGUCCACGGAAACACUGUCGCCCAUGACAAUGGUGAUGUCCAGCGACGUCACUCCGCCCUCCUGCAUGGAGAAAAUACACUCAGCCACUCCCUGUCCAUGAUCCUGCCUGAGUCCCAGAGCCAGGGCAGGGAGUUCUCCUACAACGGGACCAACAUCAUAGUGGAGCCCCCAUCUCCAGUCAGCUCCCCCGACAGCCCUGACGGAACCACGCCGGAGCUGGAGAAGGCGGGGCUUCUGAACAAGACCAAGAUCGCAGAGGGAGGCAGGAAACUCAGGAAGAACUGGAGCCAGGCCUGGGUGGUUCUGGUGGGAAACAGCCUGGUGUUCUUCAAGGAUCCCAAGGCUCAGACCCCCUCCAGCUGGAGACCAGGAAACAGCCGUCCAGAGAGCAGUGUGGACCUGCGAGGAGCUCAGUUGCACUGGGCCAACGACCUGUCCAGCAAGAAGGGAGUGUUCAGGCUGAGGACGGUGACGGGUAAUGAGUUCCUGCUCCAGUCAGACACUCUGUCUCUGAUCAGCGAGUGGUACACAACCAUCCAGGGUGUCAUCCAACGACUGGACCGUGAGAACCCUCUGGACAACGUGCUGCUGUACUCCCUGAGGAGGGCUGGCAGCGUGGAGAUGCUGGACCACAGUGGAGACGAGGACGACAGCAGGGGGGUCAAGUCUUCUCUCCCUCGCUCCAUCUCAAGCCUGGAGAACACAGAGAAGAAGAGGGUGAAGAGCAGGCUGAAGAAGCUCAUCAUGAAGAGGCCUCCUCUCCAGGCCCUGCAGGAGAAGGGCCUCAUCAAGGACCAGGUGUUUGGCUGCAGUCUGGAGAUCCUGUGUGAGAGGGAGAAGAACUCAGUGCCUCGCUUCGUCAGGCUCUGCACCCAGGCUGUGGAGAGGAGAGGUCUGGAGACAGACGGGAUCUACAGAGUGAGUGGCAACCUGGCGGUGAUACAGAAACUACGUUUCCUGGUGAACCAUGAGAGAGCCGUGACCACUGAUGGACGAUACAUGUUCCCUGCUGAGUUGGUACAAGAGGAGAAGCUGAACCUGGAGGACAGCAGGUGGGAGGACAUCCACACGGUGACAGGAGCCCUGAAGCUGUUCUUCAGAGAGCUGCCUGAGCCUCUGGUCCCUUACGGCUUCUUCACCGACCUCAUAGAGACCGUCAAGAUGUCUGACUACGUGGACAAGUUGGACAGGAUGAAGUGUCUGGUCCUGAGCAUGCCCCCUCCCAACCACGACACCAUGUGCUUCAUGUUCCGCCACCUCAGACGGGUGAUGGAGCAGUCGGAGGUCAACCGCAUGACCACCCAGAACCUGGGCAUCGUGUUCGGGCCCACGCUCAUGAGACCGGAGAGGGACAGUCCCAACAUGGCCAUCAACAUGGUGUACCAGAACCAGGCUGUGGAGCUCAUCCUCAGUGAGACCAACCACAUCUUCGGACACAGCUCCCCCCUCUGACCCCCUUUUACCCACACCAGGACCCAGGAACAAGACCCCAGACCCAGACCCUGGACCCAGACCCUGGACCCAGACCCAGGAACAAGACCCCAGACCCAGGAACAAGACCCAGACCCUGGACCCCAAACUCAGAACCAGGACUUUGUGUCUGGAGGACCAGGCUCCACAACCUGCUCAGACCAGAAUCUAGAACAUAGAAUCUAGAAUCAGGGACCAAUCAGAACCAGCUCACUGUGACCCCAGCAUCCUAACCCCCUGCAGCAGGGAGAACCAACGCUCCAACAACACCAACCACACCAACAACAUCAACAUCCGCUGUUGUUGGGCAACAAUCAACUUUCCCUAGCAACAUACUAUACGCCAAUAUGCAUUUCUACAUAUACAGUAUACUUACACAGUAUGUAUGGACAUGUAUAGUAUAGACUGUUCAUGCUGGUGUACUCUACCAUUCCAGUGAAUUGUAGGGUCAAGGGUCAAAUCAAAGUCUCUUCUGUACAGUUAUGGUAAGUUUACAAAUGUGUUUCUCUGGAUCGUGUUAUUGACUCAGCUGUAUCUUAUAGAGGUAAGGAUCUGUCUCCAUGGUUACUGUUCCCUCCUGUACUUACUGCUACCAAGCGGAACCUUCGCCCUCAGAACCUCGACCCUUCUAGAAGGUUCGGCGUCUUCCGUACCCGUAGCGACAACCCUGUUCUUCUACUUCCAGUUUUUUUUCCUGUAGUGUGUUUGUACAUAUGUUAAAUAUGUGAGCUCACUGUGGUGUGUGCUAACAGAAGACUAGGUGAUGGUUAGGCUGAUAAGGACACAGAUGAUGUGAAGUACUUCCUCUGUUACAUCCACCAUGAGACUCAGGCUGUUAAACACCCUUAAUAAACCUGUGCUGUGACCCAUC